CUCUCAGCCAAUCAGAGGCCGCCGCUGGCUGAGCGGAUCUCCAGCAGUCACAUGACCGACAGAUUUUUUUUGAGCUGCAGAGUGAUUGCUAACAGCUCAGUUAUUAAUCAUCAUGCCGACCACUCAGCAGUCGCCCCAGGACGAGCAGGAGAAGCUGCUGGACGAGGCGGUCCAGGCCGUCAAAGUGCAGUCCUUCCAAAUGAAACGCUGCCUGGACAAGAACAAGCUGAUGGAUGCACUGAAACACGCCUCUAACAUGCUGGGGGAGCUCAGGACCUCCAUGCUGUCUCCUAAAAGCUACUAUGAACUCUACAUGGCCAUAUCGGAUGAGCUACACUACCUGGAGGUUUACCUGACUGACGAGUUCGCUAAAGGUCGUAAGGUGGCAGACCUGUAUGAACUCGUACAGUACGCCGGGAACAUCAUCCCCAGACUGUACUUGUUGAUAACAGUGGGAGUGGUGUACGUGCGCUCGUUCCCUCAGUCACGCAAAGACAUUUUGAAGGAUCUGGUGGAGAUGUGUCGUGGUGUUCAGCAUCCUCUGAGAGGUCUGUUCCUGAGGAACUACCUGCUGCAGUGCACACGUAACAUCCUGCCUGACGACGGAGAACAGGCCGAGGAGGAGAUGACCGGCGACAUCAACGACUCGAUCGACUUUGUCCUGCUGAACUUUGCAGAGAUGAAUAAGCUGUGGGUGCGAAUGCAGCACCAGGGCCACAGUCGUGACCGCGAGAAGCGGGAGAAGGAGAGGCAGGAGCUGCGCAUCCUCGUCGGCACCAACCUCGUCCGACUCAGCCAGCUCGAGGGCGUCAACGUCGAGAAAUACAAACAGAUUGUUCUGCCAGGAGUCUUGGAGCAGGUGGUGAACUGCAGAGAUUCUCUAGCGCAGGAGUACCUCAUGGAGUGUAUUAUACAGGUUUUCCCAGACGAGUUCCACCUCCAGACCCUGAACCCGUUUCUCAGAGCGUGUGCUGAGCUCCACCAGCACGUCAAUGUCAAGAACAUCAUCAUAGCUCUUAUUGACAGGUUGGCUCUGUUUGCUCACAGAGAAGAUGGACCUGGAAUCCCUGCCGAAAUCAAACUCUUUGAUAUUUUCUCCCAGCAAGUGGCCACAGUCAUCCAGUCUCGUCAGGACAUGCCGUCGGAGGACGUUGUGUCUCUGCAGGUGUCCCUCAUUAACUUGGCUAUGAAAUGCUACCCUGAGCGCGUUGACUACGUAGACAAGGUUCUCGAGAGCACCGUGGAGAUCUUCAACAAACUCAACCUGGAACACAUUGCGACGAGCAGCGCCGUAUCGAAGGAGCUCACCAGGCUGCUGAAGAUUCCCGUGGACACCUACAACAACAUCCUGACGGUCCUUCAGCUCAAACACUUCCCGCUGCUCUUCGAGUACUUCGAUUACGAGUCACGCAAGAGCAUGAGCUGCUACGUGCUCAGCAACACGCUGGACUACAACACCACCAUCGUGGCCCAGGAGCAGGUGGAUGCGAUCCUGAACCUGGUGUCCACACUGAUCCAGGACCAGCCAGAUCAGCCUGCAGAGGAUCCCGACCCAGAGGACUUUGCAGAGGAGCAGAGUUUAGUGGGCCGCUUCAUCCACCUGCUGCAUUCCGACGAUCCGGACCAACAGUACCUGAUUUUAAACACAGCCAGGAAGCACUUCGGAGCCGGGGGUAAUCAGAGGAUCCGCUACACGCUGCCUCCGCUGGUGUUCGCCGCCUAUCAGCUGGCCUUCCGCUACAAAGACAACGCCUCCUCGGACGAUAAGUGGGAGAAGAAGUGCCAGAAGAUCUUCUCCUUCGCCCAUCAGACCAUCAGCGCGCUGAUAAAGGCCGAGCUGGCAGAGCUGCCGCUGCGUCUCUUCCUGCAGGGGGCGCUCGCCGCCGGAGAGAUCGGCUUCGAGAACCACGAGACCGUCGCCUACGAGUUCAUGUCUCAGGCGUUCUCUCUGUAUGAGGAUGAGAUCAGUGACUCUAAGGCCCAGCUUGCAGCCAUCACGCUGAUCAUCGGCACGUUCGAGCGCAUGCGCUGUUUCAGCGAGGAGAACCACGAGCCUCUGAGAACCCAGUGCGCUCUCGCUGCAUCCAAACUGCUGAAGAAACCCGACCAGUGCCGCGCCGUCAGCAUCUGCGCUCACCUCUUCUGGUCCGGACGCAACACCGACAAGAAUGGAGAUGAGAUCCGUGACGGGAAGCGUGUGAUGGAGUGCUUGAAGAAGGCCCUGAAGAUCGCCAACCAGUGCAUGGACCCGUCUCUGCAAGUGCAGCUCUUCAUCGAGAUCCUCAACCGUUACGUGUGUUUCUACGAGCGAGAGAACGAUGCGGUGACCGUUCAGGUCCUGAACCAGUUGAUCCAGAAGAUCCGUGAGGACCUGCCCAACCUGGAGGCGAGCGAGGAGACGGAGCAGAUCAACAAACACUUUCACAACACACUGGAGCACCUGCGCCUGCAGAGGGAGUCGCCCGAGUCAGAGGGCCCCGCCUACGAGGGGCUGGUGCUGUAGAGGCCACGCCCCUUCGCCCAACAUGCAUACCUACAUCUGUGCACACACCCCUAUAGACAUACAGAGAGAGAGAGUGUGAGUGUGCGAGUGUGCGAGUGAGUGUUCACACCUGAACAUCUGCUCCAGUUAAUAGAAAAACCAACCCACACACAGCCGCCAUCUUUGUGUUACUGUUCUUCAUUCUUUCUCUCUCUCUUUCUCCUUUUCUCUCUCUUCUUUUGUUCUUUUUUCUCUGUCUAUAAAUAAAUGUACAUUUUUUUCCUUUUAUUUCUUGAUCCUUUUUUCUGUUUUUCUUUCCUUUUCCUUUUCUCUUUUUUGUCUUUCUAUCCUUUCUUUCGUUCUUUUUCUUUUUCUAUAAAAAAUAAAGAAAAGAAAGAAUGUUUUAUUUUCUUUCUCGUUUCUUCCCUUUUUUCCUUUUUAUAAAGAAAGAAAAUAUAAUUUUUUUUCUCUUUUUUUCUCUUUCUCUGCUUUUUUGCUCUCUUUUGCUCUUUCUCUCCUUUCUUUCUUUUUCUGUUUUUUUUUCUGUCUUUUUGGAAAGAAAAAGAAAAAUUAUUUCUUUUCGAUUUUUUUUUCCCUCUUUAUUUUCUCUCUUUCUUACUUUGUUUUUUUUUUUCCUUUUUGUCCUCCUUUCUUUCUCGGUUAGACGGAGGUUUUUGUCUGCUCCGUGCGUCUCUGGAGGUUCAUUAGGAAGUGGCGCGUUCUUCUCGUAUCCUUGCGCUUAAACAGAAUCCUUGCUGCUGCUGGUUGUUCUCCUUUUUGCUGUCAUCUCUCUGUGUGUCCUUUGCUCUGUUUUUUUUUUUUUUUUUUUUUCCUCUCACUCCCUUUCUGCUUUUCCAGUCUGUUUAUUUCUGUGGUGGUGUCGUCAGUGUACGCUGGAGUAAAAUGUGAAGAGAUGAAAUGGUGUGUGUUUGUCACACGCUGGUGCACUGGCUUUCCUACAGAGCGGAGGCAGACGUGAGCGUGCAUGGAUGAAAGCUCUGUGCGUGUGUGUGUGUGUGUGUUUGUGUGUGUGUGUGUGUGUGUGUGUGUGUGUGUGUGGCUACCAAUUUCCUCAGCCUCCAGCUCUGUGUAUCACGUUCCCAUAUAUUUUUUUAACUCAUUAUUUCCCCUCUGUUCCCUCGUCGUAUAUUGUGUGUAUAAUCUAAUUGUAAAUCGCCUAAAAGCAGAAUAUCAUUGAUUUCAUGACAUUUGCGCAAAUAAACAAAUCAUUAACCCUGUGAAA